CUGGUAACCAUGACAACAUGUGUGCUGGUGCUCUUCCACCGCACGGUCCUGCAGACGCGUCUGUUAACGUCGAGUGCUGCCAAAUACAUUGUCUUAUUUAAUAAUAGUUGUGUCAAACAGUUCUGAUGACGAGCGCAUCAGUAUUAAAAAACAAGACAUCUGGGUGUAAAAGCUCAAUUGACCAUGGUAAAAGUGAAGAAAGGGAGGGACGAAACUGUAUUCGUUAUAAAUGUGUCCCACUCAAUACCAUAAAAGACGUCAUGCACCAAAGACCAAACUGGAUAGAAGUCAAAGAUGAUGGAGAGUGGGACUUUAACUGGUGUGAUGUGGGCUGGCUACGGGAGAAUUUUGACCAUGCAUACAUGGAGGAACAUGUCAGAAUAAAUCACUUUCGCAACCAUUAUGAGCUUACACGCAAAAAUCUCAUGGUAAAAAACCUCAAAAGAUUUCAGAAAAACCUGGAAAAGGACAUGGGGCGUACCGAGGCAUCUAAAUGUGAUUUCUUCCCGAGCACCUAUGCAAUGCCGAGCGAAUAUCAUCUCUUUGUGGAGGAGUUCAACAGAAAUCCUGGCAGCACUUGGAUCAUGAAGCCAGUUGCAAAGUCCCAAGGGAAAGGGAUUUUUCUAUUCAGGAAACUGAAAGACAUCAUUGACUGGAAGAAGGAUCGCUCCCGGUCAGAGGAGCAGAAGGAUGCCGCUCAUUUGGACAGCUAUGUAGUACAACGUUAUAUUGAAAAUCCCUACCUGAUUAAUGGUAGAAAAUUUGACCUGAGAGUUUAUGUCCUUGUCACUUCGUAUGUUCCUUUGAAAGUCUGGCUGUACAGAGAUGGCUUUGCCCGCUUCUCAAGCUCUCGCUUUUCUCUCAGCACCAUAGAUGACAAAUACAUGCAUCUCACGAACGUGUCUGUUCAAAAAACAGCACCUGACUACGACCCUGAAAAGGGGUGCAAAUGGCAAAUGCAGCAGCUAAGAAGAUACUUGACUGCAAAGUAUGGCAGAGAGGUGGUUGAAACUCUUUUUGGAGACAUGGAUAACAUCAUCAUCCGAAGCCUUCAGAGUGUGCAGAAAGUCAUUAUAAAUGACAAGCACUGCUUUGAGCUCUACGGUUAUGACAUCCUGCUGGAUCACAACCUCAAACCGUGGCUGAUUGAGGUGAAUGCCUCUCCAUCACACGCACCCAGCAGUCAAGAGGAUUACGAGAUGAAGUACGGACUGUUGGAGGACACUUUGAAUGUUGUUGACAUGGAAGGAAGGCUGACUGGUCAGGAGAAGAGAGUUGGAGGUUUUGAUCUCAUGUGGAACGAUGGGCCCGUUUACACAGAGGACCUCAACUUACAAACCUUUGGCAGCUUAAGCUUUACAGCCAACACACAUUUGGGCUGUGUUAAUGACAGGGAGAAGAACCUCCGACAACUGCUGAAACCAUUUCCCCUCCAGAAGAAGAUUUAACUCCAACCAAGAUUUCUUCCACAGCAUAAAUGGCUCAGCAGUUUUUUAAAUGUUUGUUUACAUAUACAUCUUCAGAAGAAUUAGUUCCUCCUGAACAUUUAAUGAAGCUGUAACCUUUGUUCUCACCUGCAAAAAUGCUAAUUAGCCCAUUUUUUGAAUAUACAAAACAGAGCAAAAGCAUCAAACUAGAGUUUCUUCAUAUCAACUAGUUUAUGGAUUCUAUAGACAUGCUUGUAUUUGCUAUGUGGGAAUGUUGAUGUGCGCUAAUAACAAUGCCACUUUCUAAAUCCAUAAAUUUGUCUUACCAAUUAUUUGAAUUAAAUCAAUCUAUAUUAAUAAAGCAAUGCUUUAUUCCGAAAGAAUAAACAGAGCAGCAGUCUUC